UUUAGUUUCUCUUAAGGUGACCAGUGGAAACUGUCUUUUCCAUGGCGACCGUCAACUAUUUGCACUAAUUUGCAAAAGAAAAGCUGUCGAAGUGUAGUGUGCUCUUGGGGAAUGUUAUAUUUGGUCUUUCUCUGUAAUAGAAGUCUCAUUAUUUAGCCUUUCAGUGACCAGGAUACCGAACAAACAGAGCGAGUGACCCUUUGUCAAGCCCCUCGUCCCGUCUCAGGAUCACUGGCCCUCGGCUCUGCUCGGAGAGGCCAUCGGCCCUCAAGUGCCCUUCAUUCAAUUUGUCCAAUUUGAUUUUGUCCACAACUGGAGACAUUAAAAGAGGACACACUCUGGGUGGAAUUAAGAGACAUAAUAAAACAGCAGGACUGGGAUCAUGGACUGUUGCCAAAUAGGAUCUAACUUCACGGACCUGACCGGAUUUCGAAAUUGAAUUUGGUGAUCCACGCGACCCACCUUUUCAACAACAAACCUUCCCACCUUUUCAGAAGCAGGACACUUUAAUCUGUGGGUUUAAAUGCAUGAAGUCUGAUCAUGUGCUCUUUAGUGCAUAUCCUCCUUUAGGCUCCUGUUUUGUAAAACUAUGGAUGUGCAAAGGUCAUUUCUGAGUCCUGCGAUUUUUGAUUUGGUCAGUGAUGUGGAUUCCGUGGAGAUGGUGCCAAACAAAUCCGUUUUGGCGCCAAAGGAGACCCACAGCACCGAUUGCAAUGGACGGUACCAGGACUUGACUUCCAUCCAUGCGCUCGACACUGCUCGAUCAGAUGACUUUUACGCGCUGUCAUCGCCCGCCGCGUCUCCGGGGUUGACCGUGAACGGUUCCGGUAACGAGAAAGCCAAACGCAAGCGGGUGAUCAGCACCGUGCAGCGCCGGGCCGCGAACAUCCGCGAGCGCAAACGGAUGUUCAGCCUGAACGAGGCGUUCGAGCGCCUGCGCGGGAAAGUUCCCACGUUCGCCUACGAGAAGAGACUGUCGCGCAUCGAGACUCUGCGCCUGGCCAUCAUCUACAUCGCCUUCAUGACGGACAUACUCGAGAACAACUGAACUUAUAUUCAAUAUUGCAUUGUUUAGAUGACCGUUUAUCAAGGUACUUAAAGUUUAUUAUGGAAAAAAAAAUAUUGAUUAUAAUCAUUAUUAUUAUUUCUCUGUUGUUGCUGGCCUAC